GUUUUUGAAUGACCGUGGGAAAGUGUGGAAGUCGCGAUUCUUAUUGCGAAUAUGGAAAGUAACGAAGAAGCUGACGAAUCGUACGACGAUUUUCCUCCAGACGAUGAUUAAUCGCUAGUGAUUGACCCAGUUACCUCUCGCUUUGUAGAACUGUGCUAUGUUCCCCUGGCAUUUAGAAAGGCUUCAUCGAUAACAUCACCUGAUUGGAAUGCAUUUUCCAAUGCGUGUGCAUUUAGGAACCCUUCGACCUUGACGAACUACUGCCCACCAUCGGCGAAUUCGGUCGUUAUCAAAAGCUGCUAAUGUUCGGAAUAUGUCUGCCAGCGUGCAUCCCUUGCGGAUUUUGUGCCUUCAAUCAAUUGUUUAUGGCCGACGUUCCAGAUGAUUAUUGGUGCUGGGUACCGGAGCUAGCGAACCUUACGCGGGAGGAGCGUAAACAAAUAUCGAUUCCACUGGUUAUGGAAGAUGGUGUCGAAGUUUAUAGUAAAUGCACACGAUAUGCGGUGGACUGGUCCGACUUCUUCCAAUAUAAAGGCGACUUCAGCACAACGUUGAAUUCGACAUUAGGCGUUGAAAAUUGUUUAGAUGGAUGGGAAUAUAACAAAACAACCGUCAAUUCCUCCAUUGUUAUUGAUUUUGACUUAGUAUGCGGGAAGGAUAUUUACCCUACAAUUGGCUUAGCAGCACUGAAUGUCGGGGGACCCAUCGGAGUUUAUCUGUUCGGACUUCUUAAUGAUCGCGCCGGAAGGAGGAUAUCGUACUUUACAUGCCUGGCCACACUUUUAACUGGAAGCUUUAUCACGGCCCUGAGCACCGACUUUUGGACAUGGGCGUUCAGCAGAGUCAUUGUGGGGUUGACUAUCCCCGCGGUCUAUCAGAUUCCAUUCAUUAUUGCACUAGAGUUAGUGGGACCAAACUACCGAUCAUUUGUAACAGUGAUGACCUGUACCUUCUACACGUUCGGUCUAAUGAUGUUAGCGGGUGUUACGUACCUUGUAAGGGACUGGGUUAAACUCUCGCUCUACACUUCCACACCAUUUCUGUUGUACUUCCUCUACAUAUUCAUAAUGCCUGAAUCACCGAGGUGGCUACUCAUGAAAGGAAGGUUGGAGAAAGCAUUGGAGAUAUUGCAAGUUAUGGCGAAAGUGAAUGGUCAUCAGUUUCCAUCAGCGUUUAAAGAGAAGUUGGAAGCACGCGUGGCAUUUGAGAAGCACCGCAAAGUCAGGAAGAAAGAGGAAAAUGUUGGAGCAUUCGACUUGUGCAAGACACCCAACAUGCGACUGAAAACCAUCCUCAUUACACUCAAUUGGUUUGCAAAUGAAACUGUCUACUUGGGUUUAAGUUAUUAUGGACCUUCGUUGGGAAGUAACCAAUAUUUAAGUUUUUUGCUCUCAUCAGUUGUGGAAAUCCCCAGCUACGUGGGGUGCUGGCUUGUAAUGGACAGAUGGGGAAGACGCUGGCCGAUGUGUCUUUUAAUGAUUCUUGGGGGCAUCAGCUGUAUUAUUACGGUGCUCUUACCAAAUGAUGCAGACAUGGAAACUCUUUAUCUUUUCCUGGUUUCGAAGGCAAUGCUCUCUGCAUCCUUCUUGAUUAUUUAUCCAUUCGCGGGGGAGUUAUAUCCAACACAAGUUCGCGGUGUAGGAAUAGGAACGUCAAGCUACAUAGGUGGUUUGGGGUUGAUAGUGAUACCAUUCAUAACUUAUUUGGGCAAGGACAACUUGCGCUUACCUCUCGUCAUAAUGGGAUGUGUUUCAGUUGUUGGAGGGUUUACUGGUUUGAGGUUGCCGGAAACUUUGCACCACAGAUUACCUCAAACGUUGGAAGAAGGAGAACUUUUCGGAAAAGAUUGGACAUUCGACGAGUGCCUGCGUUGUGUUCCAAUUAAACCGGAUCAUGGAUCACGUCAAGGAUCAUAUGAAAAUUUUGAUGUCGUCCUGAACAACGGCAUAGAUGUUACUCUCGAAUUGAACAAUACACCUCCAUCGCUUGUGCAUGCUGGUUCAUCUGUGGAGAGUACGGAGCGCACACCAUUAGAUUUAAAUCGUCCUCGACGCCAAUCCAUGAAGCGUCUCGUCCGUCAGCAAAGUGUAAUGGACACCCAGAAAACGAGAGAUGGAGCGAUGCAGCUAACAUAUUGGUUUUAGUUUUAUAUAAGUAGAUUCACUAUGAAUGCAUGUUGUAGAGCAACCCAGAAUACCAGAGUAGGGCAUGCAUUCAUUAUUGUCGUUUUAUAAUGUAUUCAUGCAUCAUCCUGAAAAUUAAAUAAUGAAUGGAAAUGUUACCAGGAAUUGUCAUUUUAGCGAACAAAUAAAGUACAAACAUAACAGGU